AAAUCAGAAAUCGACAAACAACAGAAUCUUUGAAGCACCGAUUUGGUGCCGUGUACCUGUAAAUCCUAAUUUUUUAUUUUUGUAGUAAAAUAAGCACAUAUAGAAUAUUCAACAUGCAAGUACCCCCUGUGUUUAUCGACAUGUCCCUCGAGGAUCAAGCUCAAGAACUAAGAGCAUACCUAAAAAGCUUGGGGGCUGAAAUAUCCGAAGAAAAGUCUCCGAAAGGCAUUGAAGAUGAUUUACAUAAAAUCAUCGGCGUAUGCGACGCUUGUUUCAAGGAAGGCCAAGAAACGGAGGUGGAAAUGGUUUUAAAUGAUAUCGUCUCAAUCAUGGUUUUGAUUCCGUUAGAAAGGUCUGAAAAUAUUAUUUUAGCUUUCUGUGAAAAGCUAACGAAAGCACAAGGCUCCAAAUUAGGAUUAGUAUGUUUGAGAGCUUUAUGGUUGCUUUUCCAGUCUCUUGACGAUCGUUCGCCAAUGCGUUAUCCUGUUUACUAUCACCUCAUACAAAUUGCCAAACAAACCGAUUCCGUGCGUUUAGUGUACCAGGAUAUCGAGCAUCUCAAGCAGCAGUUUGCUAAUUGUCCCCCUUCCAGCGACCAACUGCAGAAAUUAUACAGACUUUUACAUGAAGUUCUACUGAAAAGUAACCAGAGCGGGCAAGCAGCGCUUGUAAUGAUCGAAUUACUGGGGACAUAUACGGAUAAAAACGCCUCACAUGCAAGAGAAGAUGCGAUUCGUUGUAUCGUAUCAGCGCUGGCUGACCCGAAGACUUUUCUUUUGGACCCCCUUUUGUCUCUGAAGCCUGUCCGAUUCCUAGAAGGGGAACUCAUUCAUGAUUUGUUGAACAUAUUUGUCAGUGAAAAUCUAGCCGCUUAUUUGAAGUUUUACAAGGAACACAAGGAAUUUGUUACGACGCAAGGUCUAAACCACGAGCAAAAUAUGCAGAAAAUGCGGUUGUUGUCGUUCAUGCAACUUGCCGAGAGCACUCCUGAAAUCUCAUUUGACGUUAUCGAGAAAGAGCUUCAGAUAGAUCCAGAGGAGGUGGAAAGUUUCAUAAUCGAAGUGUUGAAAACCAAGCUGGUAAGGGCACGAAUGGACCAAGCGGCGCGCAAGGUUUUCGUAUCCAGUACGAUGCAUCGGACCUUUGGGCGGGCCCAAUGGCAGCAGUUGCGUGAUUUGCUUCACUCCUGGAGGGGAAACCUGAGUUCUGUGCAGGAAGGCAUGAAAAGUAUAACCGUGGCUCAGCUAGAGCUACUUAACCAACAAUGAAAUAAAAUGUAACUUUUCUAUGAAUAAAUAAUGUAAUCAUCA